AUGAAGGGAAAGGCUUUUAAGAAAGGUGCAGAUGGGAAGAUUUAUUUUGAGGUUGGACAUGUUUUUGACAGUGUUGAACAUUUCAGGGGUGUGCUGAAAGAUUACACGGUUGAUCGUGGGUUUGCUACAAAAAAGAUAUACAAUGAGAAGAGAAGAAUAAAGGUUGUGUGUAGAUCAGAAGGCUGCCCAUUCCAUCUCUAUGCAGCUCUGAUGGUAGAUGGUCAAUCCUACCAAAUACGUCAGUACGAGCAUAUGCACACAUGCCUCAGGGUUAAUGAUAACCCAGCUGCGAGUGCAUCAUGGGUAGCUGAGAAAUUUGGCAGGUUUAUAAGGUCACAAGAAGGAUCAAAAGCUGCCCUAAAGGUAAUUAGGGAUGAAAUUCCCUCGACACCGCGUUUUCAUCGCUUUUUUCUAAGUUUUGCUGCACAGAAGAAAGGCUUUUUAGAGGGUUGUCGUCGUUUUAUAGGGGUUGAUGGAUGCCAUCUGAAGGGGCAUUUUGGGGGAGUCCUGCUGUCUGCUGUAGCGAUUGAUGCGAACAGUGGGAUAUUCCCAUUGGCAAUCUGUGUUUGUGAAGUAGAAAACAAUGAUAGUUGGGGUUACUUUCUGGGGAUGUUGAAAGAAUUCAUGGGUGAUGUCUUGCCUAUCACUUUCAUGAGUGAUAGGCAAAAGGGAAUAAUACAUGCCUUGCAAACUCAGUGGCCUAAUGCAAAGAGUAGAUUUUGUGCAAGACAUGUAUAUGCGAAUUUCAGGAAAACUUUCCCUGGGGUACAUCUUCGAAAUCUGUUUUGGGCUAUUUCUAGAGCAUCAAAUAAAGUGGAUUUUCAUGAGGCAUUAAAUAAAAUGAAGGCAGUGGAUGAAACUGCUUACAAGUGGUUGGCUUGGAGAAGGUCGGGAGCUGCCUAUUCUCAGUUUGUUGGAGUUGUAUCGAAGAAGAAUAAUGAAGAGACUUUAUAG